AUGGUCGGCGUCCCUGGGCGCUCCAAGGCCUGUAACACCUGUCUCCAGCGGAAAAUCAAGUGCGACCUCGCGAAACCACACUGCAGCAACUGCUUCAAAUCGAAACGCAUCUGCGGCGGGUACACCCGCAAGACAGCAUACAUCUUCUCCGAAAACGUCGUGCUCCCCGCCGCCGCUGAGAAGGACGAUGGCACCCUCACAUACCAAGGCCGGUGGAAAGGCACCACCAAAAAGGCACGCACGCCAUCACCCGGCCUUGUCCACGUCGAAGCGCGCCCACGCCUGCCACGGCCUGCUGACGACGCCUCCUCCGAGCUCAGCGACGUCGACCUCGGCCGCGCCCUUGCCGCCCAGCGCAUCCCCAUGAUGCCGUCGCUGUGGCAGCAGCUGCACCACGUCUUCCUCGCCGCCUACAUGCCGCGGCAGGGCAUGGGCGCCGCCGACAACGCCGACUACGUCACCGGCAACUGGCUGCUGCAGCUCCAAGGCCGGUCGUCGCCGCUGCCCGCCCUGCAAACGGCCGUUGCCGCCUUUGCCGCCGCGCAGAUUGGUCGCGCGCACAGCGACGCCCGGCUCGUCUCGCAGAGCGCGCACCUCUACCUGCGCAGCCUCGAGCACCUGCGGCACGCGCUCGCCUACCCGGCGACGCGCCUCCACGACGACACGCUCGCCGCGUGCCUCACUCUCGGCAUCUACGAGCUCACCGAGACGCCCCGGCCGCGGCGGCACACGACGGCGCUGCAGCUGCAGCAGCAGGAGAACACGGCGUACAGCAAACACAUGAUUGGCGCCAUGAUGCUUCUGCAGCUGCGCGGACCCGACGGUAACAACACGCCGCUCGCACACAGCCUGUUUCUCAGCCUCCGGCGGCACGUCAUCAACACGACGCUCAUCACGCACACCGACUCGUUUCUCUGCCACGACGAGUGGCGCGCCCGGCCCUGGCGCGUGUACCCGAAGAACGUGCUUGACCGGUGCCUCGACUGCGUGCAGGACCUGCCGCCGCUGCAGCGCCUGGCCGACGAGAUGCAGCGCGGCGCGGGUGAUGCGGCGCGGGUGGCGGCCCAGUGCGCGGCGCUGACGCAAGGCAGUACGGCCGUGCUGGCGCGCCUCGGGGAGUGGUACGGCACGCUGCAGGCGCAGGUCGCCGGGCCGCCGUACUGGUCGCGCUUCUGCACGCUGACCAGCGCGCAGGACGACGCCGUCCGCGGCAAGCCGUUUCCGGUCUCAUACAACUUUGCGACGUUUAGCACCGCGUACCUGCUCAUGAUGUACUGGGCGGGCGUCAUGGUCGGCCACUGGCUGCUGUUUGUCGCGUGUCGCGCGCUGGCGGCGCUGUCGUCCGAGGACGACGGCGGUGAGCCGGAGCGCGCAGAGCUGGUCGCGCGCGGCCAGAGGCACAGGGAGGCGUGGGUGGCAAUGGCGAGGAACAUGUGCCAGAUGACGGAGUACUUCCUCGGCGAGGACAUGGGCAAGGUGGGCGUCAGCGUGGCGCUCGCGCUGCUCGAGGGCGCCAUGGCCAUGUUCUGCGAUGGCACCGACGACUGGCAAAGGGAACGGGCGUGGGUGGCGGAGAUGAUUGCGCUGACGGCCAAGAGGCUGAAUGAGACGAGCAUGUUGGUGGUGUAG